CGACGAAUUGACUAUUGGGCUAAACACCUCUUCCCAUCUUUCUGGCCGCCCCUAACGCUUUUCCUUCCCAAUUAUCCCGUUUCUCUCAUCCUCUCACACCACUCUCCCUCCCUGCGUAUGCCCAAUAUUGGGCUCUCUCUAUCUGUCUUUCUCCUCUCCUCUCCUCUCCUCUCCACUCUCUCUCUCUCGCUCUCUCCCUCUCGCUCUUAUCAAACGAACCCAACCACCCACUCCCCCUCAUUGGACCAUUCUCUCCCGCCUGCGCACGCGACCGACCGCGUAAAGUGGCCUGGGCGGAGUAAAGCGACCCCAGCGCAACGCUACUGUCCACUGGGAUCAACCUGACGAAUACAGAGUACAGCCAGCACCCAAUAACCAAAGCACUACCACCACCACCACAUCCUCCUCCUCCUCGGCAUUGUUGUGCCCCCCCCUGGUCUGGGUAUCCAGGGUCUCUCAAUUAUUGGGACUUCAUUUCCCCACCAUCGUCAACGCAGCCGGAACCAAUCUCCCUUCAACUUUUUUCCCUUCCUACUCUCUCACACACACACUUU